UGGAAAUGGUGCGAGAGACUGAAGUGCUUUCCUACCAUAGGGUCAUAGCAGCAGCCACCAGUUGUACGUUUGCUUUCGUGCAUUACAUCCCGAUAACGCAGAAAAACAACUGCUUAAAAUUUAGUACCAUGGUCCUCAAUCCGUUGAUCUUCUAUACCGUGACUACAGUUGUCUUUUCAAUGAUGACUCGGUAUAGGUAA